AUGGAAUGCGCAUCAGGAUUGGAGAUUGGAGAUGGCUGGGUGAACGAGCACAAGAGCAAGAGCAAGCAAAGAGCAAGAAUUGGCUGGCUGGAAUUGGAAGUGGAAGUGGAAGUGGAUGUGGAUGUGGAUGGGUUUUUAGGGCAAGAGAUGAGGAAACACGCAAUGGUUUCUCAGGCAGAGCCGGCCAAUUCGCUGGCUGUUCGAGGUCCUUCGUCGGUGGUUUCGAGAGCGAGCACAUCGAGGCAUCAUCGACGCCAUGGACGGAGUCAUACAGGAGGUUCAUCGUACAUACCGCAAAACGAUUUCCCCGUCUUCACACAUACGGGGGAUGUAGAAAUUAUAAUAAAAGCCGGCGUGAAAACAAAUCGAUAUUUAUUACACCGACUUAUCUUGACGAAUUGUUCGGGGUUCUUCGAGGCGAGCACAAGUCAAGAAUGGUCGAGAGCUACGGAGGUGGGAGGAUUGGGUGUAGGGGAGCUGGCUAGGAUAGGUGAGGAAUCGGGAAGUGAUGUGGGAAGGAAUGAAGGAGGUCCAAGAAGGAGGUGGAGAUAUGAAUUGGAUAGCGGGCCUAAUAAUGAUGAUAUACCAAUGCUCGUCCAGAAGCCGGAAUCCUCCCUCUCCCUCUUCGGCGCAAACGAUACUCGACCACCACCACCCGUACGAAACAAACCUCCAUCAGCCAAUCCGUCAUUCUUCCGCUCCGUCGCAAACCUAUCAAUCUCCUCACACUCCACACCAGCACCUCCGCAAGUAACACAAGAAGAUCAAAACCUGCUAAACGACUACGAUAAUCUAUUUCGAAUCUUCUAUAAUCAUUCGCCACUUCUCGAUUCCAUUGAUAUAGCGACCGCAUACAUACAAUGCAAAAAGCUCCUCACCCUCGCCGAUCUAUACGAUGCUCUCGCCGUCGUUGGUCCGCGCAUUGAUCACCAUCUCCUACAAUUCCAAAGUCGCCUCUGGAAACAAAUCGCCAAAUAUCCUUCCUCCUAUCUCAAACUCGGUUAUCUCUCGCAAUCGAAAACGAUAUUCGGAGAAGCCCUCAUACAUGUUGUAGGCGCUUGGCCAGCAGGGGAACGACACAUCAGGAAUCAAUUGCCGGAUCAAGUACUCGAGAUCAUCGAGGAUAAAGUAGAGGAUUUGAGGGAUAUGGUUGGGAGUGUCGAGGGGCAACUAUUUCGAUUAACGCUCUUGACUGCGAGGGGCGAGAGAGUCAAUCCGGGAAAUGCGUAUGCGGAUUGGUUGGUCGUGAGUUUAUUCCGACAAUGGCUUGCGGAAAAUACCUCACCACCCCCCACACCCCCUCAACCACUUCCUCGAUCUCCUCGUCAUACUAGUGGUUCUCAUAAUACACAUCAUUCUCGCGCCUCGUCGCUGACGGUCACUCAAAAUCAACUUCCUCCCCCUUCAACCAUAUCGCAAAAUCAACAGAUAGGCCGGACGUUUAAGUUACUGGGUGGUGCGUCCAAUAGUGCAUAUUUGGGACAUGAAGACUGCAAGCGGUUUUUGAAAUUGACGCCGGAGUAUUAUAGUAGGGAUGGGAUCAAGAGGUUCGAGAGAAGGAUGGAUGAAAUGAAGGAGAUGGCUAGGAGGGUGGUAGAUCCUUUGAUGAGGUGUGGAUUGGAGGGGGAAGGGGUGGCGGUCGGCUAUUUGACGUGGGAAGGGGAAGGAAAGGGGUGGGAGGUAGAGGAUGAUGAAUCUGGGGAGGAGGGAUACUGGAAUGAUGGCAGAUGGGAGGAUGAGAAGCAAACGCGAUACACGAAUAUGAUGCAGUAUGCACUUUACGAUUAA